AUGUUGACUAAGCUGCUAGGUGGAGGGUCAAAAGAUAAGCAUGUGCCCCAUGCGAAAAAGGAGAACUUGGUGCGCAUCGAAAAACCGAUUGAGAAUCUACCUGAUUCCAUCAAAACACACAAAUUCAAGAGUCUCACUAAAGAACAGGAACAUAUGUACGCUGAGGUGUUGAAGUACUUCCAAGAUGAAAAACUGCUGGUGCGGAACUCCGAGAAGCAUUCGGAUGGUUCGGACCCUCACGCUAAGAGUCCGCUCACGCUGGAAGAGAAGGCGUGGCUGACACGCGAGUGUCUUCUGCGGUACCUAAGAGCCACCAAAUGGAACGUCUCAGACGCCAUUGACAGGCUAAAGAAAUCUCUUGCUUGGAGAAGAGAGUUUGGGAUCAGCCAUUUGGGGGAGGAGAACGGUGAUAAAGUUAACUCCGACCUGGUGGGCAUUGAGAACGAAUCCGGUAAGCAAGUGGUCUUGGGUUACGAGAACGAUGCUAGGCCUAUCUUGUACCUCAAGCCGGGCAGGCAGAACACCAAAACAUCGCAUAGACAAGUCCAACAUCUGGUUUUCAUGCUGGAGAGGGUUAUUGAUUUCAUGCCUCAGGGUCAGGACAGUCUUGCCCUGCUGAUAGAUUUCAAGGAGUACUCGGACGUGCCAAAGGUAAGCGGGAACAGUAAGAUUCCACCCAUCGGUGUCGGGAAGGAGGUUUUGCAUAUCUUACAAACACAUUACCCAGAGAGGUUGGGGAAGGCAUUGCUGACAAAUAUACCAUGGCUGGCGUGGACCUUCUUGAAACUGAUUCACCCCUUUAUCGACCCAAUGACAAGGGAAAAGCUGGUCUUCGACGAACCAUUCCCUAAAUACGUGCCAGUGAACCAACUGGACGUCCUGUAUGGCGGUGAGCUGGAUUUCAAGUACAAACACAACGUCUACUGGCCCAGCCUACUGGAAAUGGCCGAAAGUAAAAGGAGGCAUUACAUGAAACGGUUUCAGAAAUUCGGUAGCGUCGUUGGCCUAAGUGAAUACGAUCUUAGAGGGGACGGUGAGGAGCUCAUUUAUAAAGUUUAG